AUCAAAGGCCAGACAGACUCGCCACACACGCACGAAAGUCUGCAGCUCCGCACAUUUCGCGCUGGAUAGUGACUCCAUCUGCUUGCACGGAUUAAAAAGCAGAAUCUUGACACUGCUGCUGUAUAUUCUCGCAGCGCAGCAGCAGCAGGAGCACGCAUAUUGUGUGCACUGUAGCAGCAGCAGCAGCAGCAGCAGUAGUGCUUUUUAACGCAAAAAUAUUCCAAUAGUCGAGGCAAUUCCAUCUGCGGAGUGUCGCGCGACGUUUUACAUUACACGGCGUUCGCUGGGACAAUACGUACACACAUUUUCACCGUGUGCUGCGCGCCGCGACGACUGUGCCUCAUUAAAUAUUCAUCCCGCUGUAUACUAGACAGUAGACACACAGCAGCAGCAGCAGCAGCUCAAACGAUGGUGUACGACGACGUGAGAAAAGCGGCCAGCUGCGAUCGUCGUUGUUAUGUUUAACGUCAAAUUUAUCAGCGUACACGCGACGACGACGAGGGCACACUUUCCAAUAUGUAAACAGUCUGCAUCGCUCCGGUGGACGACGAAAUCUUGCAAUCUCGCUCAUUAACGAAAAAAAGGAGCCAGCAGAGCUUUUCUUAGUGUGAGAUUAUAAUUUGCAAUUUUUUUACUGAUCUGUGAUAAUCGAGCGUGAAAUGAAUGAGCAGCACUUCUGCAAGGUUCAUUCUAAAUUUAAAAAGAAAGUUCAUUAGUGUCAUCCUUCUUGAUAAGAAAGUCAGUGGGAUCUAAGUUUGGAAGUGAGAAGACAAGCAAGGUGGAAGAAGUUGGGAAGAAGAGUAUCAUUUUAAUAGUUGAAUUUUUUGAUAAUUUAAGAAGUGUUUAGAAAAAUAUUUAAUUCAAAAUGGCAGCUGGUGGAGACGUCUUUGGUCCUGGAGUGAUUUUGCCCAAUUAUCAGAGAUACUUUGGUGCCAACCAAAGCCAAUACACACAGCGAAGAGCUUUCAGGACUCGAGAGAAAUAUUUAAUUAUAUUAGUUCUAAUGACAUUUAGUCUUGUUUGCUUUGGCGCAUUCUUUUAUCUGCCAGAAGACAUGCGACCAAAUAGUCGUUUAGUUUAUCGUUCAGUUUAUCAGAGUAUGAAGAAAGCUGGUCCAGAGCUAUUAAUACCAGUAAUGCCUCAAAUCCAUAACCUCAACACAAGUAAACUGUCAAUUGUUCAUCAUGAUUCAAGGGCUGAAGAUAUUUAUUUAUUAAAAGAUAAACAAAAGCUUCAGGCUAAGAUCGAUGAAGAUGACAUGAAUCAGAAGGUCCUGGAUAAGCCCGAAACGAUGAAACAGACCAGAUCGGAAAAGUCGAAUCUGUCGACCACGCAGAUGUAUCAAAGCUGGAACGAUAUUCCGAAAGCUCAGUACUCCAGAUCAGCCGACGAUUCGCCGAAGGUCACCGGUGGCGAGGAUCCGGAUCCCGUGACGCGCCAGAGGAGGGAAAAAGUCAAAGAGAUGAUGAAGCACGGCUGGAACAAUUACGUGAGGUACGCCUGGGGCAAGAACGAGCUCAGGCCCAUCUCGAAGCGGGCCCACAGCGCCAGCAUUUUUGGCAGCUCGAUGAUCGGCGCCACGAUCGUGGACGGCCUCGACACCCUCUACAUCAUGGGCCUGCACGAGGAGUUCAAGCACGGCCGCGACUGGAUCGAGAAGAAUCUUAACUUCGACAUCGACUCGGACAUGUCGCUGUUCGAGCUCAACAUACGCUUUCUGGGCAGUCUCUUGGCCAAUUACGCCCUGACCGGCGACGAGAUGUUCAAGGAGAAGGCGAGGCAGCUCGGGGAACGAAUGUUGCCGGCGUUCAAGACGGAAACGGGAAUUCCCCAUUCUCUCAUUAAUCUCCAUACGGGGAGGAGUAAAAAUUACGCGUGGGCCAGCAAUGGCUGUAGUAUUUUAUCAGAAAUAGGUACGAUGCAUUUGGAAUUUAUUUACCUUAGUGACAUUACUGGAAAUCCAAUAUACAGAGAGAAAGUAAUGCAAAUCCGAAGGACAUUGAAUAAUCUAGACAAGCCAAAUGGAUUAUAUCCUAAUUAUAUUAAUCCGAGGACCGGAACCUGGGGCCGACAUCACAUGUCGCUCGGUGGUUUGGGCGAUAGUUUUUACGAAUAUUUAUUGAAAGCCUGGAUCCAGUCGGGCAAAACCGACAGAGAGGCGCGACAAAUGUACGACGAAGCGAUGGACGCAAUCAUGACGCACAUGAUCCUGAAAUCCCCCGGUGGACUGCUCUACGCGUCGGACAUUCAGUACGAGAGGGUCGAGCACAAAAUGGGCCAUCUCGCCUGUUUCGCGGGCGGCAUGUUCGGCCUGGGAGCCAAGAACGACAACGAGGUCAACGACAGGCACAUGGAGGUGGCCAGCGGCUUGACCAAUACGUGCCACGAGUCCUACAUAAGGACACCGACCAAGCUGGGUCCAGAGGCUUUUCACUUUAUCGAAGGCAGCGAAGCUAAGAGUCUGAAAAACGGUGAAAAAUACUAUAUUUUACGACCAGAGACUUUCGAGUCUUACUUUGUCAUGUGGCGGCUAACAAAAGACCCCAAGUACCGUGAAUGGGGCUGGGACGCGGUUCAGGCUUUAGAAAAACACUGUCGAGUGCCGGGAGGAUACACGGGUCUUCACAAUGUCUACCAGGAAGAUUCCCCGAAAGACGACGUGCAACAAAGCUACUUUUUCGCCGAAACUCUCAAGUAUUUGUACUUGCUGUUCAGCGACGAUGACUUAAUUAGCCUCGAUCAGUGGGUCUUCAAUUCGGAAGCUCACGCGUUUCCGGUAAGGGGGAAAAACACAUUGUAUCGAUCUGCUCCUGUCGAUAGUGAUCGUUGAAUACAAAUUAAUUUGACCAAAAUGUUUCAUACUUACACAAAUUGACGCAUUUUUAAUUUUGUUUCAUGUAUCGUGUAAUUGUAAUGUCUCAUGUGUUUUUAGAAUAUAUAAAAAAAUAGUGCAUUGUUUAUUAAAUUUUUGAGUAAAUUUGUAUAAUAUCGUGACGUAUUGUAUGAAUUUAUUUAUAUUAAACAUAAAUUUAUAUAAGGAAAACUUUUUUUUAAAACUCAAGUUGUAUAUACAAUGAACUUGUCUGAUACUUAUAUACAAUUAGUAAGUGUGUAUGUAAAAUGUCUUGACUUCCGUUUUAUAGGUAAACCAAAAAAAAAUUAUAUUGUUUAUUAAAAUUAGGCUUGUACCUUAUAAAAAAAACAAGAAAUUAUGUACGUGACAUCUUUUUAUUACAAAAAAU